AUGCUCAUCUUUUAUUUCUUCUUCCAAUUCCUAUUUAUCCUUCUUUUCCUACCAAUUCCUAUUUAUCCUUCUUUUCCUACCAAUUCCUAUUUAUCCUUCUUUUCCUACCAAUUCCUAUUUAUCCUUCUUUUCCUACCAAUUCUUAAUUAUCCUUCUUAUUCCAAAUAUUAUUCAUCCAUUCUUCUCACUCCAAAUAUUAUUCAUUCAUUCUCACUCCAAAUAUUAUUCAUUCAUUCUCACUCCAAAUAUUAUUCAUUCAUUCUCACUCCAAAUAUUAUUCAUUCAUUCUCCUCCAAAUAUUAUUCAUUCAUUCUCCUCCAAAUAUUAUUCAUUCAUUCUCACUCCAAAUAUUAUUCAUUCAUUCUCACUCCAAAUAUUAUUCAUUCAUUCUCACUCCAAAUAUUAUUCAUUCAUUCUCACUCCAAAUAUUAUUCAUUCAUUCUCACUCCAAAUAUUAUUCAUUCAUUCUCACUCCAAAUAUUAUUCAUUCAUUCUUCUUCUCCAAAUAUUAUUCAUUCAUUCAUUCUUCUCACUCCAAAUAUUAUUCAUUCAUUCUUCUCACUCCAAAUAUUAUUCAUUCAUUCUUCUCACUCCAAAUAUUAUUCAUUCAUUCAUUCUUCUCACUCCAAAUAUUAUUCAUUCAUUCAUUCUUCUCACUCCAAAUAUUAUUCAUUCAUUCAUUCUUCUCACUCCAAAUAUUAUUCAUUCAUUCAUUCUUCUCACUCCAAAUAUUAUUCAUUCAUUCAUCUCACUCCAAAUAUUAUUCAUUCAUUCAUCUCACUCCAAAUAUUAUUCAUUCAUUCUUCUCACUCCAAAUAUUAUUCAUUCAUUCAUUCUUCUCACUCCAAAUAUUAUUCAUUCAUUCAUUCUUCUCACUCCAAAUAUUAUUCAUUCAUUCAUUCUUCUCACUCCAAAUAUUAUUCAUUCAUUCAUUCUUCUCACUCCAAAUAUUAUUCAUUCAUUCUUCUCACUCCAAAUAUUAUUCAUUCAUUCUUCUCACUCCAAAUAUUAUUCAUUCAUUCAUCUCACUCCAAAUAUUAUUCAUUCAUUCUUCUCACUCCAAAUAUUAUUCAUUCAUUCAUUCUUCUCACUCCAAAUAUUAUUCAUUCUUACUCUUACUCCAAAUAUUAUUCAUUCUUACUCCAAAUAUUAUUCAUUCUUACUCCAAAUAUUAUUCAUUCUUAUUCUUACUCCAAAUAUUAUUCAUUCAUCCUUCUUAUUCCAAAUAUUAUUCAUCCUUCUCCUUAUUCCAAAUAUUAUUCAUCCUUCUCCUUAUUCCAAAUAUUAUUCAUCCUUCUCCUUAUUCCAAAUAUUAUUCAUCCUUCUCCUUAUUCCAAAUAUUAUUCAUCCUUCUCCUUAUUCCAAAUAUUAUUCAUCCUUCUCCUUAUUCCAAAUAUUAUUCAUCCUUCUCCUUAUUCCAAAUAUUAUUCAUCCUUCUCCUUAUUCCAAAUAUUAUUCAUCCUUCUCCUUAUUCCAAAUAUUAUUCAUCCUUCUCCAUCCACUUCUUAUUCUUCAAAAUUUUAUUUCUUCUUUUUCCAAGUAUUAUUCUUUAAGUCCAAUCUCUUCUUUCUCCAAGUUUUUUUUCUUCCUCUUCUAAAUUCUUUUCAUUUUGCAUUUAAUCUUCCUCCUUAUUUAUCAACUCAUUUUUCUCAAUCAACCUUUGUUCUACUUUUGGGUCAUCAUCUUCCCCCCUUCUACCACAACAGUCUUACUUUUUUUUUUCUUCUGUAUUAUUUCUUUUAUAAUACAGGUUUGGGCGUGACAGGUAAUAGAGGGCCCCAACUGACAAGAAAGUAA